AUGGCCGAGUACAGCCACACACAAAACCAGAUGGAAUUACAAAAUGCUAGUUUGGGARAGGGUUCUGUGGUGAAUUCACUUGAAAAUGGUCUCCAGGAUAUUAUGGAAAACCUCAACCCAAAGAAAUACUCAUCAAGUCUCAAAUUUAAAACAAAUGGAGACUAUGCGGGUUCUUAUUUAACCCUCUCGCAGCCGGUGCCCGUGAAACCCAGUCCUUCCUCCAGUGUUAAAAACACCCACUCGAUUACCAAAAUUCAAGGAGGAAAGCUGUUCCCGGCUGAGAGCCCCUACCUUUUGGAGAAGAGCAUCUCUGCCAAGCAUUUGAAUUCUGUGCCCGGCCCCUCUCCGUCCUUCGGCGGGUACAGUUUGGCAAGGACUGACUUUGACAUCCACGCCAGCCGAGAAAAUGAGAAAUCCCACGGACACGUGGACAGGUUUCACUACUCCAAGUACAGUCAGAAGAACAAAUCGUACGACAACGUCUACUUCCCAGGAAUGCUGGACACGAAGAAGAUCUCGGGCUCUCUUCUUACCAUGUGGAACGGGAGCUCGGGGAGCGAGCUGAUGCUCUCGCCCGCGAGCAAUUCGGGGGCAGCCAGCAUGCCUUCGAGCCCCAAGCAAGGCAGGAGGCUGAGCGGCCAGGACAGCCUGGCUCUUCACACGAGACCCGUUAAGCACCGGGAUGUGGUGGCAGAGCCUCUGGCUUCACGAGCUAGGAAAUACUCCGGCGGAUCUCUAAGUCAUAUGGGGAUGUACAGUCGUUCCCUCCCCAGACUUUAUAAAGCAACAGAAAACCAGUUGGUGCCGUUAAGUUUGCCCCCGAGAAACUCUCUGGGUAAUACUAAAAGGAAAAAACUUGGAGAAAAAGAUCUACCUCAGAAUGCUUUGGAUGCUGAUAAUUACCUGAAUUUUUCUUCUUGCAGCUCAGGGGUUUUGCCACAUGGGAAUUCUGUGCCGGAGAAUAAUCCCUAUGUUAGUUCCACUCUUAGUGUUCCUCCGAGCCCUCGAAUUGCUAAAAAAAUGCUUUUAGCUUCUUCCUCCUCCUUUCUUUCUGAUGAUUUUGAUAGAUUUGGGCUCUCAGGAACAAGUCCCAGUAAUUCUUUCUCGCCUGUGGAUUUUGACAGAUCGUUCUCUGUCAGAAGAAACCUUUCCACUAGUUCCAUAGAAUUUGAUGAAAUGGAUUUGGAAAACUUCAGACAGACACCAAACUCGCUGCAAACUUCUGUAAGAGAACGGAAGAACAGCAUUAGCUCCAUUUCUGGAAGAGAGGACCUCAUGGAUUAUCACAGGAGGCAGAGGGAAGAGAGACUCAGGGAGCAAGAGAUGGAACGUCUGGAGCGUCAGCGGCUGGAGACCAUCCUCAACUUGUGCGCAGAAUACUCCAAACCUGACGGUGACCCGGCUACAUCUACCACAGUUGCUGAUGUUCAGAAAAUUAACAAAGAACUUGAAAAACUGCAGCUAUCGGAUGAAGAUUCAGUGUUCGAAGAUUCACAACUGAAUCYGGAAUCGAGGUUCAGAACCCCCCUGAAAUCAUCUGCAAGUGACUCAGACUUUUCGGAGCUGAGCAGUCACAGUCGCAGUGCUGGUGCUUUCCUUCCCUCCAGAGGGCUGAAAGGUGAUGAACACUUCAGUGAAACCAUGAAGGCCUCCCCUGCUGCUGCCUCCGGCUUCCUGAAGGAUUCCACUGAAUCUUCCUACUUGAGUAUCACACCCAAGGUACCAGAGUGCCUAAGUGAAGAGCAAAGAGGGCAGGAGCUUGGGCGCCUGGAGGAGGAGCGCGUAGCAAUCCUGAAUAAUUUGGAGGAACUUGAACAGAAGAUCAAGGAUUUAAAUGACCAGAUGGAUGAGUCCUCAAGAGAGUUGGAUAUGGAAUGUGCCCUUUUGGAUGGGGAACAGAAAUCUGAAACAACAGAGCUUCUGAAAGAGAAGGAAAUUUUGGAUCAUCUAAACAGGAAAAUUGCUGAGCUGGAGAGAAAUGUUAUUGGUGAAAAGACAAAGGAAAAAUUAAAACUUGAUGCUGAGAGGGAAAAACUAGAGAGGCUUCAGGAGCUUUACUCCGAGCAGAAGACGCAGCUUGAUAAUUGCCCUGAGUCCAUGAGGGAACAAUUACAGCAGCAGCUCAAGAGGGAUGCUGAUCUGUUGGACAUAGAAAGCAAACAUUUUGAAGACCUGGAAUUUCAGCAGCUUGAACACGAGAGCAGGUUAGAUGAAGAAAAGGAAAAUCUGACGCAACAGCUCCUGCGGGAAGUAGCUGAAUAUCAGCGUAGCAUUGUCAGUCGAAAGGAAAAGAUUUCUGCUCUCAAAAAGCAAGCCACUCACAUUGUUCAACAGGCGCAAAGAGAACAAGAUCAUUUUGUAAAAGAGAAAAAUAACUUAAUAAUGAUGCUGCAAAGGGAAAAAGAGAAUCUCUGUAAUUUGGAAAAGAAAUAUUCUGCACUUUCCGGAGGAAAGGGAUUUCCUGUCAGUCCCAACAGUCUAAAAGAGGGUUUUAUGAGUGUAAGUGAAAUUAGUGAGCUGUAUGGCAAUUCCACGAAUGUAUCCCCUUCCUCCUCUCAGACCCCCACAGAUGCUGAAGCAGUUGCCACUGAGCCCUCCACGGCUGUGCUGACGAGCCAGCCACAAAACAAAGAGCUAAGAUCACCUCUCUGUUCUGGAUUUGUGUUUCCUCACUCUCUUUCUCCUCGCUCUAUUGCUCGACUUUCAUCAGUCCAUUGGCCUGAGGUCAUGGCUACUCAUGUAGAUCCUAUUCCUUUAUCUGAUACACCUCCUCCUCUGCCAGCUAAGAAACACCGCAGGCAACCACAGCAUUUCAGAAAUCUGGAAGAGCGAAAGAAGCAGCACAGAGAGUGCAUGUACAUGAGCGAUACUUUACCCCGCAAGAAAACGACUCCAUCCGUAUCACCACACUUCAACAGCUCUACUCUGGGACGAAGCAUUGCAUCUAAAGGACAUUUACCACUUGGACAGAGCAACAGCUGUGGCAGCGUGCUUCCUCAUUGCCUGGCCACGAUGACCAAAGAGUCAGAAUCAAGAAGGAUGCACAAAGGCUACAACCAUCAGCGCAUGUGUGAAGAACACAGACAGAAGUCUCCUGAAUUCUACAGCAGAACCGCAUCCGAGUCGAAUGUGUACCUGAAUAGUUUCCAUUACCCAGAGCGUAGUUACAAGGACCAUGCCUUCGAUACCCUGAGCCUGGACAGCUCUGACAGCAUGGAGACCAGCAUAUCGGCGUGCUCGCCAGAUAACAUCUCCAGCGCAAGCACUUCGAAUGUCGCAAGAAUAGAAGAGAUGGAGAGACUUCUGAAACAGGCCCAUGCUGAGAAGACCAGGCUGCUUGAGACCAGGGAGCGGGAGAUGGAAGCUAAAAAGCGAGCUCUGGAAGAAGAGAAACGUCGCAGAGAGCAACUGGAGAAAAGGCUGGAAGAAGAGACCAGCCAGAGGCAAAAAUUAAUUGAAAAGGAAGUUAAGAUACGUGAGAAGCAAAGAGCACAGGCCCGUCCCUUGACUCGCUAUUUGCCCAUUAGAAAGGAAGACUUUGAUCUGCGAAGUCACAUUGAAACAGCUGGUCACAACAUAGAGACCUGCUACCACAUCUCCCUCACGGAGAAGACCUGCCGAGGCUUUCUGAUCAAGAUGGGAGGGAAAAUUAAAACAUGGAAAAAACGGUGGUUUGUUUUUGACAGAAACAAGAGAACUUUUACUUACUAUGCAGACAAACACGAAACUAAAUUAAAAGGUGUAAUAUAUUUUCAAGCUAUUGAAGAAGUCUAUUACGAUCAUCUAAAGAAUGCAUAUAAGAGUCCCAACCCACUACUCACUUUCAGCGUUAAGACCCAUGACCGGAUAUACUAUAUGGUUGCUCCCACCCCAGAAGCCAUGAGGAUAUGGAUGGACGUUAUUGUUACGGGCGCAGAAGGCUACACUCACUUCAUGUUAUAAUAAAAAGGGGCAAUAGGGCAUAUUGCAAUAACCUCACGUACAAAGAAGUUAGCCAUAUCUAGUAAAAUCCGAAGAGCCACCUGCGUUACUGGUGAAUGCUCAGAAAUAGCCUCCUUAUGAUGUGCACCCAAAACCACGGAAUGAAAGGGUUUUAUACAUGCAUUGAAAAGGAGGACCUGUUGCUUAUUUUAGUUGACCUGUAUAGGAGCAGAAGAGCUAAAGCUCUGCAGUCACAGUGUGCUGAAAUGGAUAAUCGGGCAGCUUAAAUGACAGCAUCUUGAUUAAACGAUAAUUCUGUACAAUUUCUCCUAUACAGAGAAUGUCUUCAUAAGCUCAUACUAAACAGUUUACAAAGGUGUUUCUUCUCGUCAGUAUGCAAAAAUUCUAGUAAUGGAACAAAAGGUAUCAUAGCAUAUAUUUUAAUAUGCAGCAUUUGACAUUUGUAGAUGAUUAGCUGACUUUUUAAAACUCUUUUAGUCACAUAUUUUAUAAUAAAAGUAAAAAGCAACCCUAAGGUACACACACUUGCCUUAGUAGUUGAGUAUUAAAACUAAGCCAAAGAGUUAUAAAAUUCCCCUCUUUUUUUUUUCCCCAAAUUAUUAGGUGUAGUUUAGCUUUCUAUAAUGGGACGUGCCAAAACUCUUCCUGACUUUUAACAUAAAUUGUUACAAUAUUCUGUAGGGUCAAAUAAUCCAGUUGCAGCAACUGGAUAUUGGAAGUUUGCAUCUGUGGAGCUCAGCAGCAACAAGAGAAACGAGCACAGCUUUAUAAGGAUUUUUUUUUUCUUUUCCCACAAGGUGAUAUUAAAAAAAAAUAAAAUAAAUGGAAACCUCUGAUAUUAGAAGGAAACUGUCAUAGGGAGGUGUUUUCUUAAUCUGCCUUGUUGCAUUGAUUGAGCUGAUUUUUUUUUUUCAAUGUAGUCGGGUCCUAGUAUGGCUCUAAUCUUACUCUGUGCCAAGUGAACGCUUUACUGCAGUAUCUCAAAUAUUGAUCCCUGUGAAGUCAGUGCCAAAAUACCSAGCUAUCUAGAUUCAUUGAAGCCACAGUUUCAGUCCAGAGUAUUUUUUAAUGCACGUGUGCAGAGUCMUGUUGUCAAGUAGAAUACAAAUAAAGAGGCAAGUUCUAAGAGUUUACACUAAGUAGUGUAUUAACUAAGAAAAAAUACUCAAAGUUUUGAGUAAAAGAAAUCUGAGGAUACAGUGGACUCCAGUUUAAGACCACUGUCCAGUCCUUGACUAAUAUAGCAAAAACAUAUUUAAUGGAACUGAAUUUGAAGAAAGUCUCGUAUAUUAUGACUUURAAGAGGUCCCCAUUCCAGUAAUCGAGUUGUAUGUGCUAUGUGGUUUGUGUAAUUAAAGAAAGCGCAUUAGACGUUUUUCCGUAAUGAAAAGUUAAUGGCUUUUGAUGGAGCAAAUUAAAAACAGAAAGCAGAAUAGGCUGAUGGAAUAUUUUUAUUGUACUCUUAAGACCCUGUAUCUGUAAUGAACGGGUAUGAAUUGUUUCU